GUGGAUAUGUGCAUAUGGUUCUCCUCAGUCCAGGUCCUCUAUGUUCGGUUCUCUGAUCAGUCAGUUGAGGAUGGAGAUGCUGAGAUGCUGCUGGACCCAUCCUCUUACUCGCCGGCGCUCGAGCGGGCGCGCUCCUACGUCACGCCCCUUUUCCCCUCCCCCCUCCCUCCCCUUAGCAACAGAGCGACAGCAAGAUGGCGGCCCCCAGUAACGCGGAGCGCUCUCCCGAGCCCUCGGCGCCGCUGAAGGCCCCCAAAACCGAGGCUCCGUCGCCGGAUUCGGAGGACCUGAGUGACGGCAACCCGUACCACUCCAACUCCUCCACGCCCAGCCGCUUCUCCCCGCUGAAUGUGGGCGUGUCGGCGCCGGGGGCGGCAGGCCGGAGCGGCGCGGCCUCGGCUGCCUCUAACAGCUUCACGGUGUGCCGCGGAAUGUCGUGGACGCCGUCCGAGACCAACGCGCUGAUCGCCGUGUGGGGGAACGAGAGGCUGGCCGAGGCGCGGAUGCAGCAGCUGGAGGUGGCGGGCACCGUGUUCUCCGGGAAAGCGCCCGGACCGGCCAUGUACGAGCGGGUGUCCAGAGCCCUGGCGGAGCUGGGCUAUGAGAGGACCCCGUCUCAGUGUCGAGAGAGGAUGAAGACCCUGAGAAGAUGCUACAGUCGCGUGAAGGAGCAUGGUAUCGGGAAACGAAAGAGCAGUUACUCCAUCGAGCAGCUGGAGAAGGUGUUUGGGCAGGGUGGAUGGGACUCCCAGAGCUGCCAGCCAGUCCUAAUUAACAGCAGCGGCCUAUAUCAGGAGAUGGAGUCUGAUGGCAGUACGAUGGAGGACUACCCUCAGGAGGACUGGUGCAACCAGGACCUGUCUGCGGUCUUCCAGGAGGGGGAGAUAGAGGCCGAGGAGAUUCAGCUUCCAAAGAAUAGAGUUCUACAGUUAAGACCAGAGGCCUCUGAGCAUUCCCAACGCCAAGACCUAAUGCAGAACGUAGUGCGCAUCCUGGAGUCCGUGGAGGUCAAAUGGGAGCACUUCCAGACGUGGACGGAUUUCUCACGUCUUCACCUCUCCAACAAGUUGGCCAUCUUCGGCGUGGGCUACAACACUCGCUGGCGUGAGGAAAUCCGCUACCACUAUGCUGAGAUCAGCUCUCAGGUUCCUCUGGGAAAACGGCUGAGGGAGUACUUCAACCCUGAAAAGACAGAGGGCAGGGUCAUCAUGACCAAAGUGCAGAAGAUGAACUGGAAAAAUGUAUAUUAUAAGUUUUUGGACAUCACGAUUAGCGAAGCACGCUGCCUGGAGCUCCACAUGGAAGUGGACUGGAUCUAUAUUGCACAAACCAGCGCUUCAGGCUGCAGCAACGGCUCACAGUACCUCUUGCCAGGGGGCAUACCGAAAACCUACGGUCUUUAUGCUAUCGGGUAUGAGGAGAGGACAGGGACUAGCACCUCCAGCAGAGAAGACAACGGUUCCUCUUCUGGGGAAAUAGAGACAGACCGUGGCGAGAAAAGGCGAAAUAGGACAUCAGCCAAAGUGACUUACUGCUACCUCGGCAUAGCGGAGGACCGCACCCUGCAGCAGUGCCUGGUCCAGCACUUUCAAAGUUCAGGCAAACACUGCACUCGCGGUGAGCCCUCUGCCAUCACCAGGUUCCUUCAGGAGAACUGCUCCGUCCGGCCCAAGGACGAGGACUCUUCUUCCAGCUUGCCAAUGUACAUUAAAUUCAUCGAGGUGGAGCUUGACUUUCUCUCUGCCGGGUCCUUGGUUGAAUGUUUAGAAAUCGCAAUCGGGUAUCCAUUAAAGUUCAACAAGAAGGACAGCUUGUAACUGCUUGUUUUCCAUUCACUUGGCCUAAAAGAUGUACUUGACUAAAGUCUGUGUUGCACACCAUAUUGAAGAAAUCUAGGCACCGGUCACCUCGUAAUCUAGACUUUUCCGUCAGAAGAAAAGAACUGGUUAAAAACGUGUAGGAUUUAGAAGCGGGCUGUUCAGUCUGGCUGUGUUUUCAGUCUAAUUGACCAGACUGCAAAUGUUCAGGAAGGCUGGUGUUUUUCCCUUGCAGUAUUGCUUUAUCAGGGAGUCUCGGGUCUCUUCAGGUUGAAAUGAGGGAGAGAGGGGCAGACGCCCUCUCUGUUUUAAAACUGCCUUUAUUUUUAUCUAUCCUACUACCAAUGCAUCAGAGGUUAAAUGAUACGAGUGUGUGUUGGGACAAGGGCACUUUUCAAUUCCCAUUAAAAACUGUGGGGAAGAAAUAAACUAUAAAUAUAAAGUUUAUCGCUAUAGAAGUCUAUAUAUAUAAAUAUUUAAGUAUAUUGAUGUUGUCAAGCAUUCCAGCAUUUCCAAAAAAUGCAUUGAGAAGAUGUUUUCAGAGUAUCAGUAUGUGUUUAUAUUUGUUUUUAUUUGUGAACUCACGCAGUGUCUUUAUGUAUAAUUGUUUCCAGAUCACAGUAUUGUUUACAUGUUUGGGAGGAAAGCUAAAUAAAUGGGGCACUGUUCACUCAUUUGCCAUUUAAGAAUUAUAUUAAAAGUGAAUGUGUUUCUCAGAUCA